AGUCUGUGCUUCUGUCGUACUGUGUCUUGUAUUUAGUUUGUGUACUGUGUGUUAAUACGAGGGUGAUACGAGGUUUAUAUGUUAUACGUAAAUUGAAGAUUAUUACUUUUUACUCAUUUUGUGCUAACUAAUUCGUGAUGGGAGGAGGUGAUUUGAAUUCUAAGAAAUCAUGGCACCCAAACACAAUGAAGAAUCAGGAACGAGUGUGGAAGGCAGAGCAGGCGGCAGCCGAAGAGAUAAAACGUAUUCAGGAGUUGCAACGUGAAAGGGCUGAAGAAAGGGACCGUGCGGAACUAAAUGAAUUAGCUAAGAGAAGUGCCGGAGCUUCUGGCUCGGGCAGCAACAGAUUACACUGGAUGUAUGAUGAUAAACCAAACAAGAAGACACAACAGGAAGAAUACUUGCUUGGCAAAUCAAUUGAAAAGAAUUAUGAUCAACCAGACAAGGAACAAGACAGUAUACCUGCUGUUGUCAGAAGAGUAGUUGGUUCCAGCAUGAUGCUGUCAAGUGGAGAUUCGCAAGUAGAUCUGGCACGUAAAAUUCGUGAAGAUCCUUUGUUGCUGGUCAAGGAGCGUGAGAGAGCAGCUCGUGCGGCCCUUUUGAACAAUCCUCUUCAUCGAAAAAAACUUACAGAGUUGUUAAGAAAAGAGCAGGAACAAAAGAAAGAGAUUAAAACAAAAAAGGCAAAAAGGAAAGAAGAUCUUGACAAUCAACUAGCAGCAAAAUUAAGUUCUUUGGGAGGCAACAAUGGUGUUGACGUAGCAGCACUACUUGCCUCGGUUGACUCUUUCUCAUCUUCAGAAGAUGAAAAGAAACCCACAAAGAAAAAGAAAAAGAAACAUGCUAAAGCAAAAAAACUAAAGAAGUCAAAGGAAAAGAAAAAAAUGUCACUUGACGAUUGUGACUUAUCAGAAAAGAAGUCGAGGAUCCAGUCUAAAUAUGAUAUGAAAUGUAGAAAUAAAUCUUAUUACCCAGAUUCAGAAAGUGAUACAGAACUUAAAUCCAAGUUUAAAAACACUAAAGUCCAAAAAUAUGAAACCAGAAAAAGGAAGAGUGAUGACUAUGAUUCUGAAACCGAGUAUAGGAAUAAGAGAAAGAAAGCAAAUUUGUCAGGGUCAAGAAAAAGUAACAGAGGCUAUAAUUUGAGUGAUGAUGAUAGUAAUAGAGUACUGGACAGAAAUAGAUCCCCCCAGAAUUACAGAAGGGCAUCACCCAUUAGAAAAAACAACUCCUCUGUGAGUAAUAUGGGGAUAUCACAUGAUAACAGGAGACAAUUGCCUGAGAAUGAGAGAAGGUCAAUGUCACCUGAAAGAAAAAGAUACAAAACUGACACAUAUUGGAAUACUAAGAAGACAGGCUUAAGUGAGCAAGAACGUGUAGCACGAUUGGCAGAGAUGGCUGCGGCAGGGGCUGAACGUGAAGUUCAACGUGAAAGUAGAGUAGCGCAACAGCGAGCCGCUGACGCUAAGGAGAGUGAGGAGCCACGUAGACCACACACAGGUGGCAAUGAAGCACGCGCUUUGCCUGAUUCGCUUGAAAGCCGUAUCCACUCGAAUAGACACUAUAUUCAACGUGACAAGAGACAUAUGAAUGAAAAUUUUGCCAGAAGGUAAAAUUGAGUUCUGAUUAAUUUUAUAUUCAAAAUAGUGUGCAAGUACAAAAUGAAUUAUCAAGUAAUAUUACUUGCUUAGUCAUACUGCUGGAAGAAUUAUUAGUAAGAAUCAUUUAAAAUUUUUAAAUAAAAACAAAUAUCUUUCACUUUUAGUAAUGGCCUGUUUUAUUUUAACAUUGACAUUAUUUCUUGGUAUUGGAUAUACAAGUUCCAUGCAGUGAAAAAUUAAUAAAAACUCAUUUUAAUUGUAAACAAACAUUUUAACUGAUUCCAUUUUUUUUAAAUAAAACAG